GCGUAAUCAUGCACCUGUUGCUUAGCAGUGUUGUUAUUGAUAAAGUUUAUUGAUAAUUUUUGUUAGUGAUAUAAAGCAAAAAAAAUUGUCGGUAAUGUCUGAGAAAGAGAUUAUUAAAGUGCCUUCUGAGGUUCAGGUGAUCAGGAAGCUGGCAGAGUAUGUAGAGAAGUAUGCCAAUGAGGCAAUCACCAGGAAUUCUUCCUUUACCAUCGGCUUAUCCGGUGGUUCCUUGGUGAAGUAUCUUGCAGCUGGGUUGCCCAAGAUCGAGACUGAUUGGUCCAAAUGGAAUCUCUUCUUCUGCGACGAGCGUUAUGUUCCUUUCGAUAAUGCAGAUUCAACUUUUGGACUCUACCGGCAAACCCUGAUUCCGGCCACUCCAUUGGAGGAAGAACAAUUUGUGCCCAUUAACUUUAGCCUUCCUCUCGAGGAAUGUGCUGUGGAUUAUGAGAAGAAGAUCCGCGAGGUGUUCAAGGAGCCCGAGAAAACACCUUCAUUUGACCUUUUGCUGCUUGGAAUGGGUCCAGAUGGUCAUACAUGUUCACUCUUUCCGGACCACAAACUCCUCGAGGAAACCUCAUGCCUUGUUGCCCCAAUUGCGGAUUCUCCAAAACCGCCUCCAGAACGUGUGACCAUGACUUAUCCUUUGAUAAAUGCUGCCAAGUGCUGCAUCUUUGCCAUGGCUGGGUCUGGGAAGGCUGAAAUGGUGCAGAGAAUCCUCAGGGAUGGAGAGAACUUACCAGCUGGACGUGUCAGUCCUACAAAUGGAAACCUCAUCUGGAUAAUCGACGACGGAGCAGCUUCCAAGUUGUAAUCUCUUGCAUUUUCCCUACCUUUUACAUUCUCAAAGUUUGAAUUUUUGGUGUAUUUAUUAAAUUUGGGCAAUAAACUUUAUAUCAAAGAUAUAAAAAAAAA